AAUGCUGAAAAUCGAAUUCAUCCUUUUCAUAAUUUGCGGACAUUUCACAGUUGUGAGGUUGAGCGUUGAGAAGAGAGGAUCUCAUGUACGAUCUUCAAACUAUUCUCCAGGUUCAGAUACCUUGCUCCAGGUCCCCCCUGAGCCCUGGUUCAAUGAUAGUGUUCAAACUGAAGUAUUUGCUCCGGUAGGAGGAAGAGCUAGUAUUGAGUGCAGAGUAACAAACCUAGGAGAUACUGCGGUAUCCUGGAUACGAGGACGGGAUCUGCAUAUUCUAACGAUUGGAAGUAUCACUUAUACACAGGAUCCUAGGUUCAUUUCUCAUCAUACAGAGGAUUAUAAAAUAUGGCGCCUGAGUAUAUUUCCUACCCUGGCGACGGAUUCUGGAACUUACGAAUGUCAGAUCAGCACAGAACCAAAGCGCAGCAAAUUGUUUGUUCUCAAGACAACAGAUGCUCGGAGCUGGAUCCUGGGCGGGACUGAAGUACUGCUCCGUGAGGGCGGAGCAAUAAACCUGACCUGUCAGGUUGAGGGACAUAUCCGUCCUGCGGAGUAUAUUCACUGGUUCCGGGGUUCUGAUCUUCUCAACCAGUCUCCUAGAGGAGGGAUAGCUAUAAAUUCAGAUAAGGGUCGAGGAUUGAGUAAUCUAGUGAUCCAUAAAUCCCUAUUGAAGGAUUCAGGAAACUAUACCUGCUCCCCCAGCAACUCCCUUCCUACAACAGUUCAAGUUCACGUUCUUACAAAAACUGACCUGGCAGCUUUCCAGACCGCAGCAGGACUGACAGGAGCUGAACCCAGGACUAAUCCUACACCACUAGUCCUUUAUCUAGUCCUUUUAUCUACUCUAGUCCUGUAUUCUGAUAACAGGAGCUGAACCCAGGACUAGUCCUACACCACUAGUCCUUUAUCUAGUUCUUUUAUCUACUCUAGUCCUGUAUUCUGAUAACAGGAGCUGAACCCAGGACUAGUCCUACACCACUAGUCCUUUUAUCUACUCUAGUCCUGUAUUCUGAUAACAGUUUCAACGAAUUAAUAUUUCUAAACUGAUAUUUCUAUUUUAUUUCAAAGUCGUAAAAUUUUCAAAUAACAGAUUUUUAUAAGUUUUCAAUAUUCUUGAAAUAUCCGAUGUCAUUAUUUUAUCUUUUCGUGUAAACCUGACAUUUAAAUAAACAAGCAAUUAAAUCCGA